AUGGACUCGCAGACCGGCUCCGUCCAGCUGCCGGACCACCGACGCCUCUCUUACGAGCUGUCCGGCCAUGUCGCCGGCCCCGUUGUGAUCCUGUCGAACUCGCUACUUACGAGCGUGCGACUAUGGGAUAUCUUCGUCGAUGACCUGCACCAGAAGGGCUUCCGGGUGCUGCGGUACGAUCAACCGGGCCAUGGCAGCUCCAGCGUCCCCGAGGACCCCACACAGACGACGUUCCUGACGUUGAGCGCAGAUGUCAAGACGCUGCUAGAUCGACUCCAGAUCGCCCAGGUGUAUGCUUGGGUGGGCAUUUCCAUGGGGGCGGCCAAGGGUGCCUUUUUUGUGACGCAGUACCCGGGCGUGGUGGCCAAACUGGUGCUCUGCGAUACCAUCUCCUGUUCGCCGCAGAACGCAGGCAUCGCGGACCCAUUUGCGGCGCGCGUGGCACUGGCACGCGAGAAAGCCACGGCAAUCGACGAGUUGACUGAGCAGACGCUGGGCCGCUGGUUCCAGGAAGACUGGCGGCGUGAACACGCCGACGAGACGGCCCGGAUGCGCGCCGCAAUGCGAGUGACUCGACCGGGAGGGUUUAUUGCGUGCUGCAAUGCCUUGCAGCACCAGUCGUUCGAUCUCAAGCCCCUGAUGCCAAAGAUCGGCGCGUGUGUACAGUCAGUGCUGGUGGUCGUGGGAGAACUGGACGCAGACCUACCCAUAUCCAUGGCCGCCAUGAAAGACGAGAUCGAACGCACGUCGGCUUCGCCAGUGGAUAUGGUGAUCAUCCCUCGUGCAGGCCAUGUUCCGGUUGUGGAUGGGCGCGAGGUCUUUACUGAGAAGGUGAUGGCAUUUCUGGGAUCACCAUCGCUGCGCGACAGCAAAGUGUAG